AUGCCAAACAAUUCAGUUAAGAAUGUUAGAUUAAAAGAAGCCGACCUCUUUGAAAAUGGCGAAGACGUCACAGUUGAUUUUUCUUGCACAUAUCAACCCACAAAGAAGGCCCCUCCACCAAAACCGACCCAAAACAAGCACGCGUUUUCAGUUUUACUUUUCUCUCUGACCAUCGCAUCGUCCAAUUCCCAUCCCUUCUUCCUCUUCCACUGCCAGAUUCAUGGUUUUCCCAUUGUCUUUGACGCCGCCAGUCGCCGCCGUGCCAAACCCAACACAGCCCUUGUCGGCCACUCCCCGCCCCAACCAAGAAAUUCAAGUUCAUGGGUGGUGCUGAUUGCGGUUCUGCAGCUUCUCCGUUUCUUCAUCUCGGUAGUUUUGCUGAUUUUCUCACAGCUUUGGCCAAUGAGAACCCCGCCGCUUUCAUGGUUUUUCUUGGUGGUCUUAUCCGGAUUGUUGCUUGGCAUUGACGUUGAACUGGUCUCCGGCCGAUGUCUGGGCGAUCAGAGAUCAUUGUUGCUCCAAUUGAAGGAUGCCCUUAAGUUAGGUCAAAAAGUUUCUAUGAAAUUGGCGAACUGGACAAGCACCGAUUGCUGUGAAUGGGGAGGCGUGGCCUGUGAUGAGGAAGGUCGUGUUAAAGGUCUUGACCUCAGCAGUGAAGGGAUCUCGGGUGGGAUAAGCGAGCAAAAUUGUAGUCUUUUCAGUCUAAACUUUCUUGAGAACCUGAAUUUGGCCUACAACAAGUUCAACGUAACAAUUCCAUCGAGUUUCGGAAACCUCACCAAUUUGAAGAAUCUGAAUUUGUCAUUCGCUGGUUUCUUUGGGCAGAUUCCAAUUGCAUUUUCGCAGCUGACAAGGUUGGUUAUACUUGACCUAUCCACUCUUUUCUUUGUUGGAAUUUCUACACUGCAGCUUCAGAACCCAAAUUUAGCAAUGCUUUUUCACAACCUUACGAAUCUUAGAGAGCUCUAUCUUGAUGGGGUGAAUGUGUCUUCACCGGGGACUGAAUGGGCUCAGGCUAUUUCAUCGUCAGUGCCGAAUCUGCAAGUUUUGAGCAUGUCCAAUUGUUAUCUUUCUGGCCCUAUAGAUUCUUCCCUGUUCAACCUUCGCUAUCUGUCAAAAAUCAAUCUGGGUUCAAACAAUCUUUCUAUUCCAGUUCCGCCGUCGUUUGCAAAUUUCAAAAAUUUGACCAGUUUGAGUCUUAGUUCCUCCAACUUGCAUGGAUUCUUUCCGAAAAAGAUUUUGCAGGUUCAAACAUUGCAGACUCUGCAUUUGGAAAACAAUAGAUUCCUCAACGGUUCUCUGCCAGUGUUCCCAGAAAAUGCACUUCUUCAGAACCUGGUGCUCAGGGGGACAACAUUUUCAGGCUCAUUACCAGAUUCCAUUGGUAAUCUGAAGAAAUUAUCCAAAAUAGACCUUGGAGGUUGCAAUUUCAGCGGACCAAUUCCACAUUCAAUGGCAAGGCUUGAGGAACUCGUUUAUUUGGACCUGUCAACCAAUUCGUUCACUGGUCAAAUUCCCUCUUUCAAUAUGUCCAAGAAUCUCACCUACGUGGACUUCUCUCAUAAUGCUUUAACAGGUCCAGUUCCGUCGGCUCACUUUGAAGACCUUUCAAAACUUGUAAGCAUCAAUAUAGGACAUAAUUCACUGAAUGGGACUAUUCCCUCGUUUCUGUUUUCUCUUCCAUCACUAAAUAAAAUUCUUCUUUCCAACAACCAAUUUGGUGGUCCAGUUACUGAGCUUUCUAACAAGCACCUGUCUCCACUGGAUACGUUGGAUUUGAGUAGUAACAAACUAGAAGGAACUGUUCCACCAUUCUUCUUUGACUUUCGAAGGCUUAAUAUCCUCUUGCUUGGUUUCAACAGCUUCAAUGGUACAGUACAUCUAGAAAAGAUUCAGGGGCUACGAAAUCUUACGAAACUUGAGCUCUCAUACAAUAAUUUAUCCAUUAAUGCCGGUGACAGUAAGUCUACCUUCUCUUCCUUUCCUCAGCUCAGCACAUUAAAAUUGGCUUCCUGCAACCUGCAAAAAUUCCCGGAACUUGUGAACCAGUCAAAGUUGACUCAGCUUGACCUUUCGGACAACCAAAUCUCAGGGGAAAUACCUACUUGGAUUUGGCAGGUGGGGAAUGGAACUCUACAAUAUCUGAAUCUUUCCUGUAAUUUACUAACUAGUUUGCAAAGGCCAUACACUAUUCCUACUCUUGCGGUCAUUGACCUACAUUUCAAUAAGCUCUCUGGCGAACUGCCAGUGCCACCAGCAUCAGCCAUCUAUGUCGACUUUUCAAUCAACAAUUUCAACUCUUCUAUCCCUCCCGAAAUUGGGCACAAUCUGAUUUUUGUUACUUUCUUCUCUCUUUCAAAUAAUAGACUCUCCGGAUCCAUCCCUCCAUCAAUGUGCAAAGCAGUCAAUUUACAGGUUCUUGAUCUGUCCAACAAUAGAUUCAAUGGCACUAUACCUCGAUGUUUGAUUGAAAGUAGUACGGAUACUUGUGGGGUACUGAAUUUGCGCGACAACAGUCUUACUGGUGCUAUAUCAGAUACAUUCCCACAAGGUUGUGUUUUGAAAACAUUAGAUUUGAAUGGGAAUCAUUUGGAGGGGCGGGUCCCAGUGUCGUUGGCUAAUUGUCUAAUGUUAGAGGUUUUAAACCUUGGGGGCAACAACAUAUCUGAUCAGUUCCCUUGCUUCUUGAAGAACUCAUCUAGUUUGCGUGUGUUAGUUUUGCGGUCUAACAAGUUUCAAGGUGGCAUUAGUUGUCCAGGAGAACAAAAAAAUGUCUGGCCAAAGCUUCAGAUCAUUGACCUGGCUUCCAACAACUUUAGUGGUGUUCUACCACCAAAUUGCUUCUUGAAAUGGAAAGCAAUGAUAGUUGAUGGGGAUGAUGCAAAACACGAUCUCAAUCACUUGCACUUUGAGUUCCUAACGCUUAGCCACUUCUACUAUCAGGAUACAGUGACAGUUACCAUGAAGGGAUUGGAAAUGGAGCUGGAGAAAAUUUUAACUUUAUUCACCUCUAUUGACUUCUCAAGCAACAAUUUCCAAGGAGGGAUACCAGAAACAGUUGGGACUUUGCAAUCCCUCUAUGUUCUCAACUUAUCACACAAUGACCUGACAGGUCAAAUUCCACAAUCACUUGGAAACUUGUCGCAGCUUGGAUCAUUAGACCUCUCGCAUAACCACCUAAGUGGUAGUAUCCCAGAGCAGCUUGCAGGACUCACAUUUCUUUCAUUCCUGAACUUGUCAUUUAAUCAACUGGUUGGAAAGAUCCCAGUAGGGGCUCAAAUUCAAACAUUUUCAGAAAGUUCAUUUGAAGGAAAUGAAGGAUUAUGUGGGGCUCCUUUGAGAUCAUGCAAUACCUCAAAGGUACCUCCAGAUUCAGUCUCAAAGAAUGAGUUUGAUUGGCUAUUCAUAUACACAGGCUUGGGAUUCGGGAUAUCGGCAGGGUUUGUUGUUGGGCCACUAAUGUUCUGGAAGCAAGGGAGCAAGUGGUGUGACAGGCACGUUGAGAAGUUCGUUUGGACAAUUCUUCCACUUUUGGGCUUAAACUUUGCUUGCUGUAACAAUGUGAAGGUUCAGUCAGAGGGAAACAUUGAUGAGCAACCCUUAGAUGAUGAAGAUGAAGAUGAAGAAGAAGAUGAAAUGGCAGAUACAGCAUACUGGGGACGGUAUUGUGUGUUUUGUUCCAAACUUGAUAUCCAUAGGAAGAAAGCUAUACACAACCCAAAAUGCAGUUGUCACGAAUCACCACCCAUUUCUUCUUCUUUGUGGUUGCCAAGUAAUGGGAAAGCGAGAUUUUGGAUGGAGAGCAUGGAAGAUGUAUAGAGAGCGCUUCAAGAAAUGUAUUUUGUUAGUGGAUGGCUUGAUUGAAGCCUAGAAUGUUAAUGUAUUCAUAUUUUUUAUGUAUGUCGUGUAAUCAUCAAGGUGGUUGUGUAAGCCUUAUUUAUAGAAAAAUGGAGGCAAAUUUGAAUAA